GCCAGUGCGCCCCCUUGAGGCUCGGAGGGACCGGGAGGAAAACGACCGGCCCCGUUCCCGGAGGUCCGAGAUAGUGCGGGGAGAGCACCGACAUGGCGAGGUUCUAUGGAAGUACCCACAGCCCGUGUUUUCCCAGGCAACACGCAAAGACGUUGUGGUAUGACCGUCCGCGGUAUGUUUUCCUGGAGUUCUGCGUGGAGGACAGCACAGAUGUUCAGGUCAUCAUCGAGGAUCACCGAUUGGUGUUCAGUUGCAGAAACGCAGAUGGAGUAGAAUUCUACAAUGAGAUCAAUUUGUAUGCCAGAGUGAACUCCAAGGACUCACGAGAGAAGCGCUCUGACCGCUCCAUCACGUGCUUUAUGAGGAAGUGGAAGGAGAAAGUGGCCUGGCCCCGCAUCACCAAGGAAAACAUCAAGCCAGCCUGGCUCUCCGUUGACUUUGACAACUGGCGAGACUGGGAAGGGGACGAGGAGGUGGAGAGGGCCAUGGUGGAGGAGUAUGCAGAGCUCCUGCAGAAGGUGACGGACAAAGCCCCUCCUCCGACCAUGGAUGACCUGGAUUUCGCCACGAGGGUGGUGUCGUGCCGGGAGGCCGAGCUGCGGCCCGAGGGCGGCGGGGAGCCGACGCGCGGCUUCCAGGUGGUGCUGGAGGACACGAUCCUCUUCCCCGAGGGCGGCGGGCAGCCCGAUGACCGCGGCCUCAUCGGCGCCGUCCCAGUGCUGCGCGUCACCCGGCGCGGCGCCCAGGCCGUACACUUCGUGGAGACGGCGCUGGAGCCGGGCAGCGCCGUGCUGCUGUCGUUGGACUGGGAGCGCCGCUUCGAUCACAUGCAGCAGCACUCGGGACAGCACCUCAUCACUGCCAUGGCAGAGCGGAUGUUUGGAUUCAAAACAACUUCAUGGGAGCUGGGCCGGCAGCAGAGUGUCAUUGAGCUGGACACCCCCUCCAUGACCACAGAGCAAAUGGCAGCGCUGGAGCAGAGCGUGAAUGAGAAGAUCCGAGAGAGGAUACCUGUGACAGUGCGGGAGUUGGCUGCAGAUGACUCUGAGGUUGAAACAGUGAGAAGCCGUGGCUUACCAGUUGACCAUACGGGGCCAGUUCGAGUUGUAGACAUUGAAGGCAUAGACUCCAACAUGUGCUGUGGGACUCAUGUCUCCAACCUGAGUGACUUGCAGGUUAUUAAACUUCUUUGCACAGAGAAAGGGAAAAAGAACAAAACCAACUUGGUUUUCCUGGCAGGAAAUAGAGUGCUGAAGUCAGUUGAACAAAGUCACCGUACUGAGAAGGCCCUGACCUCACUGCUGAAAAAUGGACCAGGUGAGCAUGUAGAGGCCGUGAAGAGAUUGCAGAGUUCUGUGAAACUGCUUCAGAAGAAUAAUUUGAACCUGCUAAGAGACAUUGCUGUUUUGAUAGCCCGGGAUUUCAAAAGCAAACCUGUUCAAAGUCCGCUGUUUGUGUUACACAGGAAAGAGGGUGACUCUGAGUUUAUGAACAUCAUUGCUAAUGAGAUUGGGAAAGAGGAAAUCCUGCUGUUCCUGACUGUGGGAGAUGAAAAAGAAGCAGGACUCUUUCUUCUAGCUGGCCCUGUUGAAGCAGUUGAGAAUUUAGGUCCCAGGGUGGCAGAGCUGCUGGAAGGCAAAGGAGCUGGGAAGCGAGGCCGCUACCAGGGCAAGGCAACCAAGAUGAGUCGUCGAGGAGAAGUGCAAGCUCUGCUCCAGGAAUUCAUCAGUCAACAGAGAGAUGAAGCAUAAAGAAAGAAUUUUAAAAGUAGGGCUGUCAUCCCUGCUUUGUAUGAUCUCCACUAAGUUCUCUCCCAGAAAAUAAAGACAAAAAAAAUCUCACAUAAAAUCCCAUGUAGUUAGGAAGGACUACUACUCCAUGUCUCUCCAGCUUGCCAUUUCUGCCAGCAGUCCCCAAGGCUGCUAUAACUUCAGCUGCAGAAGCAAAAGGGGCACUGAAGAGCCAUGGUCAAAAAACACCUGAUAUGGGUCUAGGUAUUGUUUUUUUUCCCUCCUAGAACCAGCAUGGCAGGUUUAGUCCAGAUGUUCAUAAUAAACAGAAAAAUAGAGACAGACAAAUCUCCAUCUUAAAGAUGUUUAUCGUGAGUGUAUAGGAUAGCAGCAGCCUCACAUGGUUUCCUCGCUUGCCUAUGUUGCGCUGUCACUCAACGAACAGCAGAGCCCUCUGCCAGCUAUUGAGCUGUUUGUGAGUAGCAGGAUCAGGCUAAGGGACAAGGCUGUGCAGGCCAUCAGCUCCUGUUGUGACACUUUACUGCAGGAGGAGGGGAAGCAGCAGUCCUUUUUCCCGACACGCAGGGUGCCCAGAGGUGCUGGCUGCAUCCUUGCCCAGCUAGACUGACAACUUGGUCAACACUGUCCUUUCCCAGUCAGUGGAAACCUGGGAGUUACUAAUCUAGGUAAGCUUCCUAUUGAAGCUUUUCCUGUGAAAAACAAGCUUCACAGCUGAACUCCAUCUUUAGAUGUUUACAGCCCACUUUGCCCACUUUGAUGGGAUGUUUACAGCCCACUUUCCCACUUUGAUGGGAUUUUAACAUGGGACUCGAAUGAUUUGCUGUUUGGUCUUUAUCACCCUGUGCAUGCAGCAUUAGACACCAUAUCUGAGCUGCAUGCACCUUGUACGUGCACUGUCUCUGACAGUUGCCAGCAUGCACUGAUUGCUGUCAUGAGCUUUAACCGUGCUUUGUGGGUUUACGUACUGGAGUCACUCCUAUCACAGUCAGCUGUUCUGCUAAUGGGGCAGGGUACAGGGGGUGUGGGAUUGCCAAGCAGCACUGCACCGGCCCCACACAGACCUGCUGGGUCUUGAAGCUCUACUUGCUGCCCUCAGUAGUGAGGUGGCACAAAUGUGUUUUCAUUGCUGGCGUGUGGUGCAUACAGGGUCCCUGAAUAAAGAGCACAAAAGCAGCUUUGC